CCAGCUAUUUCAGCCCCGGCGCAGCCGCACCACCAACCCGGCAGCGCUCAGCCCCUCAGCAGAUGUGGAGAGCUGGCGUUAGUGCAGUACGGCGCUGAACUUCGCGGAUUUGUCGCGCUUUUUCUCACAGAGUCGCGUUCGUUUCAACAAGAAGAGAGUAGAAAUAAGACGUGGUUGUGUGUGUGCAGGCCCGGGCCUGUGAUUAAACCCUGCGAUAGUGCGCGCUCGCUCUCUCUCUCUGUGUGUGUGUGUGUGUGUGUGUGUGUGUGUGUGUGUGUGUGUGUGUGUGUGUGUUGGCGGGUUCGACAUGGCUAAUGCUAAGUCUCUGUUUGUUUUAGACGCGGUUCUGCUAAUUGCUGUUGCGUAGAUUCUGCACAUACAGAAAACCGCUUCAUCUUUAUAAUAAGAAAUAUUGAUUACACGUUUUGCCUUUUUAACGUGGACUUAAUUCAGCGGAAUAACAUGACAUCUGCAGUCACCGGCUAACUAGCCAGUUAGCAAUCAAGCUAAAGGCUAACCGAACUGGAUAACUUUACCUCGGACUGCUCAGCUUUCUCGGAGCAGUUUUAACCCUCACGUAUUAGACUUUUUAUUGCAAUAAACGUAUAAAAGCGUAGCUGCUGUGUAUAAAGGGAACGGGGAGAUCUGAGAGUUGUAGCGCGGGUUAGUUGUGUUGGACGCCGCGGUGCAGUGGGUUUAGCCUGAUCGCUACUGCAGCAGUCACCAAACUGUGAUGUAGGAAAUGUGAAUGAACAUCUUGAGGAGGGAAAAACUCCUAAUAAAUAGCAUGGCGGCUGUGGUGCUCGACUGCUGUUUCAGUGAUAAUGGUGUUUUAUUGAUGAGGUUUUGUGCAGACAUCAAUCUGGACUUGAGUCUGCAUCAUCACUCAGGUCCUGGUCGUGGUUUUGGUGUCAGCAGUUACUCUGAACACAGAGAAACAGUAUCUGAGUUUUGUUUAAAAAGAGGAUUUGGAGUAGGAAAUGAACUUCUAAUGUCGAAAUGACAAGAUGAACAUGUAAAGAAAGCUGCAUGAAGUGAUGGACGACCACACAGUACAUCAGGAUCACAUGACGACCAUCGAAGCCCAUGCUGUUUCUCAACAGGUUCACGUGUCUACUUACACAGAGCACAGCAUGCUAAGCGCUGACGAGGACUCGCCUUCUUCCCCCGAUGAUGACACUUAUGAUGACUCUGACAUCCUAAACUCAGCAGGAACAGACGAGGUUACAGCACAUUUGGCAGCUGCAGGUCCAGUCGGCAUGGCUGCUGCUGCUGCUGUGGCUACAGGGAAAAAACGCAAAAGACCCCACAUUUUUGAGUCAAACCCAUCAAUACGCAAAAGACAGCAGACUCGUCUGCUUAGGAAGUUGAGAGCAACACUGGAUGAAUACACAACUCGAGUUGGUCAGCAGGCCAUUGUUCUCUGCAUUUCUCCUUCUAAGCCUAAUGCUGUGUUUAAGGUGUUUGGUGCUGCUCCACUCGAGAACGUGGUCAGAAAGUAUAAGAGUAUGAUUUUGGAGGAUCUGGAAAAUGCCUUAGCUGAACACGCACCACCCGGUGGUGGAGACCUGAGCUCUGAACUACCACCACUUACCAUUGAUGGCAUCCCAGUGUCUGUGGAUAAAAUGACACAGGCUCAGCUCCGAGCUUUUAUUCCUGAGAUGCUGAAAUAUUCUACAGGUCGCGGGAAACCUGGUUGGGGUAAAGAGAGUUGCAAACCUGUAUGGUGGCCAGAUGACAUUCCCUGGGCCAAUGUGCGAAGUGACGUGCGUACAGAGGACCAGAAACAGCGAGUGUCAUGGACGCAGGCCCUGAGGACAAUUGUUAAAAACUGCUACAAGCAACAUGGAAGAGAGGACCUCCUCUAUGCAUUUGAAGACCUGCAAGUCACUCCUCAGCAGGUUGCAGCAGCCGCACACAGCAUUGCACACCUGGUGCCUUCACAAACAGUUGUUCAGACAAUCAGUAACCCUGAUGGAACCGUCUCGCUUAUACAGGUGGGCACUGGGGCGACUGUAGCCACACUUACUGAUGCUUCAGAUUUGCCAGGCACUGUUACUGUUGCCCAGGUCAACUACUCUACAGUGACAGACGGGGAGGUUGAGCAGAAUUGGGCAUUGCAGGGUGGUGAGAUGACCAUUCAGACCACACAAGCAUCUGAGGCUACACAGGCAGUAGCUUCUUUAGCAGAGGCUGCUGUUGCUGCUUCCCAGGAAAUGCAGCCAGGAGCAACAGUUACCAUGGCACUCAACAGCGAGGCAGCGGCCCAUGCUGUGGCGACGCUGGCAGAGGCAACUCUUCAAGGAGGAGGACAGAUUGUGUUGGCAGGGGAGACAGCAGCUGCAGUAGGAGCUCUCACUGGAGUGCAAGAUGCCAAUGGUUUAGUCCAGAUCCCAGUGAGUAUGUAUCAGACUGUAGUUACCAGUUUGGCACAGGGAAAUCGGCCUGUUCAAGUUGCCAUGGCUCCUGUUGCCACACGCAUCGACAACACUGUAACACUGGAUGGACAAGCUGUGGAGGUUGUAACUUUAGAACAGUGACACUCUUGCAAGUAUGCAGGGUAAAAAUCUGUGCCCUUCCCUAAAUGGAUAUUUUUAACAGGGAAUUAAAAUUUAUCAAGGAUUCAUGGUUUUUUUAGUAGCGUAAUUGUUGUGUUUCAAGUAAUGUUUGGGAUUUUUUUUUUUUUUUUUUUGUCCUCUUGUGUUAUUAGUCAUAGGAUAUAAAUAGACCAAAUAAAUGGACCAAAUUCAGUGUGGCAGCAGCAGUAGCCCCUGAAUAAAUCUCUCUUACAUUUGUUUUGUCCUAGCCAAAAAUAUUUUUUUUAAUAAUCGAAUUUAUUUCAUCUACAUGUUGUUUUCUUAACAAUGUGUUUGUGCCAUUUUACUUACACUUUUGUUGUCAUAAAAAGUCAUACAUUGUGCUAGUUUGCUUGCAUUGUGAUAGAACUGAUGUAGGCCAGCAGGAAAAAAAAUGUACUUUGUGUUGUUUUUUUGCAUGUCACAAAUUACUCUACAGAAUACAAAUGUGCCUCUACAUUUACUGAGGUAUUCUUGUCCCACCAAAUGUUUAAAAUUUUAUCAUCCAACUGGAAUAUCACUAAAAUGAAUUUUCACCCCUUUCAAAAGUAUUUCACAACUCCUAUUGAACCUAAUAUUCUUUGCUCUGUUUUUAAAACAAUUAUAAAUGCUCACUAUGAUUGUGAGUUAAUAUAGGUGUAUUCUGUCACAUUUCAUAUUUGCAUCGUGUAGAUUACAAAUCAGCUCAAUUUAAAUUAAGUGUUCCUCCUCAACUGCUCAUUGCCUUAUUUGAUAAAUAGUAUUUUCCUUAAGUACACUUUCAUCACUAUUCCAAUGACAGAAAUAACUCAACACUUGUGUUUUAUUGUGUAUAAAGAUGAAGCUUAUUAUGUGACUCUAUAAACGUACUUUUUUAUAACA